CCGGUGUUGAGAGUGUGCAUGGCUUGAAGUCAACCGUCUCCUCUGCUCUGCAGGUCAGUUCCAGUAAGGCAGCUGGGAGCGCUCAGGCCAACUCCGCCGGAGGGGCUGUGGCAGGUGCUACGGGCACAGGAAGUGCUGCUCCAGCACAGGGAGAUCUGGACCUGUUCAGCGAAACCAGCGGGAGCAGCAAAGCAGAGGACUCGGCCAAGAAACCUCUCUCCAAGGACUCUAUUCUCUCCUUGUAUGGCUCCAGCACCGUCCCACAACAGCCUGCGCAAGCGACUGCGAUGUUCAUGGGCCCAUCUCAGAUGCAGUUCCCUGCGCAGCCACAGGGGAACUUCCAGGCCUUCCCCGGGAUGGGAGGAGCUAUGCCGCCCACUACUAUGAUGGGGGCCGUCAUGGGACAGGGCGGUGCUAUGAUGGGCCAGAACACAGGCAUGAUGGUUGGUAUGACGAUGCCUAAUGGUUUCAUGGGAAAUGCACAACCAGGAGUGAUGGGCUUGGCCCCGGGCAUGAUGGGACCUCAGGGCAUGGUGCCCCCUCAAAACAUGUAUGCCAUGCAGCCAGGUCAACAAGGACAGUGGAAUAUGGCACAGGUAUGUUAUAUAGUUGGAUUUGUGGCUUGUAAUGGUGCUGUAACCAAUUCGCCACAUAUAAAAUGUUCCUUUAGUCACUGAAAUAAGUCUCUUACGAAAUCAUACACAUCUCUGUGACAGCUCUAGGCUUGUGAACGAUAUAAAGUGCACUUUAAAAACAUCCAGUGCUAUUUUAAGUUUAUGCAAGAAGUGUUGUGGUAUAUUUUGUUUGCUGAAAUGUCUUUUGAAGAGUGGGUUUUUCAGUUCAAUUCCCGCAUUUAUUUGCCAGAAAUGCAUGACAUACAAGGAGUUUACUGCUGGUAUAGGGCUUCCCAUACUAAAAAUAAACAAAAAACAACUUACAGCAUUUCAAAAUUACAGUAUUAUAAAAUUACACAGUAGAAUUUAGAAUUUUUAUGGCUACUUGGAAAAAAAAGCUGUUCUGAAAUCUUGUUUUACCCAGACUAUAAUGCCUUUCAGAAGGUAAAAGCUGGAGUUAUUAUAUUAUAUUAUACUUAAAUGUAUAUGUAAAUGUUAGUUACCUUUUUAA